AUGCGAGAGCUAAUCCUUACCAUGGCCUGGCUGAUGAUAAUCAGCGCCGUGUUAGUUUUCUUAGCCUUGCGGUUUGGAUUAACUGCUGGAUAUGGAAGAUACACCAAUGUUUCCCGAUUUGGUUUGAACCCAAAACUCGCAUGGUUCAUUCAGGAGGCUCCUUCCUUCUUCAUCCCUGUUUACUGCUUGUUUAUUGGGACAAACUACACCGGUCAUCAUUUGACUCGACUUUUCCUCAUUCACUAUAUAAACAGAGUGUUUGUCUUUCCAUUCCGCAUUCGUUCCACAACUACUUCUCCACUCUACAUUAUGGCUUCUGCCGUCUUUUUCUGCACCUACAAUGGAUUUAUGCAAGGAGUCUGGAACUCAUUCUAUCAAGAGGAAGAACCAGCUCUUACCGCUCGUCACUACAUUGGAUCCGCCCUCUACUUCUACGGAAUGUACAUCAAUCACAAAGCCGACAAGAUUUUGUUCAACCUGAGAGCCCCUGGAGAGACUGGAUACAAAAUCCCCACUGGAUGGUUGUAUGAGCAUAUCUCCUGCCCGAACUACUUCGGUGAAAUUGUUGAAUGGACCGGAUACGCUAUCAUCGCCUGGAACCUUCCAGCUCUUGCUUUCGCGAUCUUCACCGCCUCCAAUAUCGGACCGAGAGCUCUUAGCCAUCAUGCAUGGUACAAAGAGAAGUUCCCGGAGUAUCCACCACACCGCAAGGCAUUGAUCCCAUUCCUCUUGUAA